AUGAUUCAUCUGAUAAGCCCCGAGGGCCUCCACUUCCGGCAGCAGCAUGAGUCGCGAAAGCGCACCCCUGAAUUGCUCAACACGGUAAGGCCGAGCUUUAACUGGGGCAUCCUGUUCUCGCACCCAUCGGACUUCACGCCGGUGUGCACUACCGAGCUGGGUGCAAUGGCGAAGAUCUACCACGACUUCGAGAAGAACAACAUCCGUGUCAUCGCCCUAUCCUGCAACUCGCUCGAGUCGCACAAGCUGUGGGUCAAGGACAUCAUCGCGUUCAACGACCUGCGCAUGAACGACCUGCCGUUUCCAAUCAUAUCGGACGAAAAGCGGGAGCUGGCCGUGCAGCUGGGAAUGCUGGACCCCAUUGACAAGGACAACGAGGGCAUACCGCUCACCUGCCGGGCGGUAUUCAUUAUUGGACCCGACAAGAAGUUGAAGCUCUCUAUGCUGUAUCCAGCCACCAGUGGAAGAAACUUUCCAGAACUGUUUCGAGCUGUGGCAUCCCUCAAGCUCACCGAAGAGAAGAAGGUGGCCACUCCGGCCAAUUGGAUGCCGGGUGAGGCGUGCAUGGUGAUUCCGAGCGUGAAGGACGAAGAGAUCCCGCUGCUGUUCCCCAAGGGCGUCACGUCCUACAAUGUGCCAUCGGGCAGAAAGUACAUCCGCGUCACACCCCAGCCUGACCCUUGAUGCGGCUGUGGAGCGGCUGAACUUCGACUGCCCCGCAGACUGCAUAUUCCUGCAUCACACUUGCGAUAUUUCAGUGCACUCGCGCAUGCGCAUAGAAAACUUAACGCACCAGGUGUUAUACCUUCUUGCACGUCAGAUAUAGCUGCAUGUACGUGCUUGCUUGAAAAGUAUCGUGUCACCUAUACUCAAGUAGGAAGAAAAUUACCUUACGUCCGCGCGUCUCACUAGACACAACGUGACAUGAAAUAUAGCACGUGAGGAAAAAGAAAUGGUUCGUGGGUGCUUAGUGUCUGCCACCUAAACGUGCAGAUGAGAAAGAAAGAUCUAUUGCACCAGCUUGUGUUGCGAAACUAAGUCCCCCAAAAAUCACAAACGUCAAAUGUGUGUCCUGAAAUUGACUGAAAAGCUACUGCGUAAUGAAAGGCUCUAGCUUAGCGACGUUUGGAUUUCCUCGCUGCGCUCAGGAGCAACCGAAAGGACGUUACGUGGCCUUCGACCGCGGUUCUCUCUUUGCCAGCUGCUGAUAAUAAAGGGGAUUUGUCGACCAGAAACGAUGAGCGCUCGCGCUCUAUAUAGAUGUCCAUACUUCAGCGCUGCUUGCAUUUCUUCUUCUCCGUUACAAAUUAAAUAAAUACAUAAAUGGUGAAUAUCUGUGUCUGGUCUCCGCUCACGUCA